AUGGAGAGUGACUGUUGCAAAUAUGUGCAAAAAUGCCAUCAAUGCCAGAUCCACAGUGAUUUAAUCAGAGUACCACCAAGUGAGCUUAAUGCUAUGAGCUCGCCAUGGCCCUUUGUUGCUUGGGGUAUGGAUGUUAUUGGACCCAUUGAACCCACAGCCUCAAAUGGACACCGAUUCAUUUUAGUCACUAUUGAUUACUUCACCAAAUGGGUGGAAGCGAUGAAUCACAAGUCAGUGACAAAGAAAGUGGUAGCCGACUUCAUGCAAAACAACAUUAUAUGCUGGUUCGCUUAUUGGCCACAAAUAAAUGGAGCCGUAGAAGCAACCAUCAAGAAUAUCAAGAGGAUAUUGAGGAAAAUGACUGAUAAUUACAAAGGUUGGCACGAGCAGUUGCCUUAUGCUUUACUGGGAUACCAUACUACGAUUAGAACUUCAACAAGAGCAACUCCAUACCUGCUAGUCUACAGUACUGAAGCAGUCAUACCCGCCGAAGUUGAGAUACCUUCUUUGAGAAUCAUUCAAGAAGCUGAGUUGUAUAAUGCUGAAUGGGUCUGA